AUGAAAUUUAGAGCAGAGAGAAUUGCCCUUACAGCCGAUAUUGAAAGCAUGUUCUUGCAGGUCAUUGUUAAGGAGCAAGAUAGAGAUAGCCUUCGAUUCUACUGGCGUCCAGUAGAUGGACAACCAAUUAAGACAUUCCGGAUGACGAGACAUCUAUUUGGUGCCACUUUCUCACCAGCUUGUGUCAACACGACAUUGAGAAGGACAUUGGAAGAUCAUGGUAUGAGAUAUUGUGAUGAGGCAAGAAAGGCAAUGAAAGUGAAUUUUUAUGUUGAUGAUUGUCUGGCAUCGGCUCCUGACCAGAUGAAGACAGUACGCAUGAUCAAAGACCUGUCCAACCUCUGUCUUGAUGGGGGUUUCCGUUUAACCAAAUGGCUGUCCAAUGAUAAAGAAAUGUUAAACACAGUUCCUGAAGCAGAAAGAGCCCCGGAACUGAAGUCAUUGGAUUUAAAUAACGAUGACUUGCCAACAGGUAGAACCAUGGGCGUACAAUGGUCACCUCAACUGGACACACUAAGCUUUAAUAUAACAGCCGCCGAAAGGAAUUACACAAGAAGGGGCAUCUUGUCUAUUACCAGCUCUCUCUUUGAUCCAUUGGGAUUGGUGGCCCCUUUCAUUCUGCCAGCAAAAAUGCUACUACAAGAUCUCUGUCGGCAAGGCCUAGGUUGGGACGACCUCAUUGAUGAUUUCUCAAUGCAGCGAUGGAGGAUAUAG